AAUUCUACACCUUUCGAAACCAAACCAGGCCUGAAUUUAUAAUGUUUACUGCCAAAAUUUACUACUAGAUGCGAGAGCAGGGAGGGUUAGGCAAAGAAAAGACGAGCGUUAUCGAAGGGUUGGAGUGUCCGCAGGAGCGAGGUUUCGCCCCACUUCACAGUGCAAAUAGUGUGAAACCUAUUAAUUCUUUUGUCGACAUUUUCUCAACCAUUAAAAUCUCAUCACUGAGGUAGUUAGUUACCAGCCAUACAUCGCCGACGUGCGUCAUCAACACAGCAAACACAUUACGAUCCGUCAUGGAACUCUCAGGGCGCAAAAGAAAGGCCGCCUUUGACCCCGAACGAAGGGUCAAGGUGAGGAGGCGCGAUGUUGAAAAAGCAGAUGCUUGGGAGCCCCCAUCAGAAGAUGAACAGGACGCUCGCUCCUCUUCGCCCGCAGAGGAAUCUGAUCAGGGCCAGGAGGAGGAUGAUGUCGACGAGGAAGAUGAGGAGGAAUCAGGCGCUUCAGAGCCUGAAGAUGACCGCGAGGCUCAGUUAUCAUUUGGGGCUCGGCUACGUCUAAGUCAAAAAAGGCAAAAACCCAAGCCGAAAGGCUCAACCGAGCAAGACCCCUCUGAUGCUCAGGAGCCAUCCUGGAGAGGUCGGGAGGCUCGACAGGGCAACGCCAAGACGGUGUCCAAGGCAGCCGCCUCCGCCUCCGCGCCGGGCCGCAAAACCAAGAGCGCGCCCGAGGAAAUGUCCUCCAAGCGGCCCGUAUCCCGAUACCGCGAGGUGGUCAAGCCGCCGCCCAACGCGCGACCGAAGCCGCGCGACGUGCGGUUCGAGCAGGAGCUGACGGGCGAGGACUACCAGCGGUUCCGCCGCAACUACGCCUUCCUGGACGAGUACCGGAACGACGAGAUGGCCAAGCUGCGGGAGAUAAUUGCGCGGAAGAAGGGCGUCACGCCCGCAGAUCGCGAGGACGCCAAGCUGAAGCUGCGCAAGAUGGAGGACGAGAAGCGCUCGCAGGAUCGCAAGGACCGCGAGCAUGAGCUGAUGCGCGAGCACAAGAAGAAGGAGAAGGAGCUCGUCAAGCAGGGCAAGAAGCCCUUCUUCCUGAAGAAGUCUGAGCAGAAGAAGCUGUUGCUCAUGGACAAGUAUGCGGGAAUGAGCAAGGGCCAGGUCGACAAGGCCAUCGAGAAGAAGAGGAAGAAGGUUGCUGGCAAGGAGAAGAAGCAGUUACCGUUUGCAAGGAGGGCAAUGGAAUAGAUGCUUGCAAGAAGUUUGGCGAAUUUGUUUGGUCUUCAUUCAAGAUGAGCGAGUAGUUGCCUACACAAAUAUACUACGCUUUGAAACCUUUGAAGGCCCUGCCUUUGGGUUCAUUAUGACAAGUCGCUAUGGUUACACUCUACGGUGGAUGCGCUUCCUUGCUAGUGAUUGCGAUCCUUAAAUUGUAAUCAUCCCACACAGGCUCUUAUGCUAUCUAAAGGGUCCAAGUAUAAUAGUACAUACAGUGUACAUGAGUGGUAUCUUCGCCGCGAUUAUUUUACAUUUUGCAUGAUUUUAAGCCCCCCGUCCUAGUCGAAACAGUACAACGCCUUCAACACUGC